GCAAGCAAGUUUAAAUAUUAUUGUUUUCCCAUUUUGUGAUUAAACAAAAUCAAAAUCUUUAAGCAAGGAAUCAGUUCAAAGGUGGUGGAAAAAUUAUAUUCGACAGUAGCUUUUCCUGCAAAGGUAAGGGCUUUAAUAGUUCUCAGAUGUGCAUUUUCUUCAUAGAAAUCCACGCUCCACCUAUUAAAACUUCAACUUUUGGCUCUUCCAGGUUUGAUUCUUAUAGAUAAGUUUCAAUGCCCAACAACAAGUCUAAACCCGGACCAAGCCGAAUGUCUGUUUACCUUUACAUUCCCAAUAUUAUUGGGUAUAUAAGAAUUCUGUUGAAUUGCUAUGCUUUUGCUAUAUGCUUUUCCAGCAAAAGACUUUUUGCUGCUCUGUAUUUUCUAAGCUUUGUUUGUGAUGCUGUGGAUGGUUGGUGUGCUCGCAAAUUCAACCAAGCUUCAACGUUUGGAGCUGUCCUGGACAUGGUAACGGAUAGGAUUAGCACUGCUUGUCUACUGGUUAUACUUUCUCAAGUGUAUAGGCCUAGCUUGGUUUUCUUGUCAUUGCUAGCCCUAGAUAUUGCUAGUCACUGGCUGCAGAUGUACAGUUCAUUUCUAGUUGGUAAGGCUAGUCAUAAAGAUGUGAGAGACAGCUCCAAUUGGCUUUUCAAGCUUUACUAUGGGAACCGGAUGUUUAUGGGUUAUUGUUGUGUGGCUUGUGAGGUUCUUUACAUAGCCUUAUUUCUUAUCUCGAGUAAACAUACUGAAAAUUUGAUGGAUGUUGUAGUGACUACCCUGAAACAGGGUUCACCUCUUUCUCUUCUUGUUGCUAUAAGCUUAUUGGGAUGCUCAAUCAAGCAGGUCAUCAAUAUUAUACAGAUGAAGACAGCCGCAGAUGCAUGUGUGCUUUACGACACUGAAAAAAAGCAGAAGCGAUAACUGAUUCGAGUUUCGAAGAGCAGAGUUUUGUUUCUGGCAUCGACUGCUUAAAUAUUAAGGUAUAGAUGUUGACACUGAUGAAUCACAUUCCCAAUAAAUAUUUUGUUCAAGGGGACGAGGCAUCCCGUCUUUUUCUGUUUAAUGAAAUUGCCGAUGCAACUGAAUCACAUGGUUUGUGUGCAUAUGCCAAACCAAUAGGUUGGCGUCGAUGAUGAUGUAUCAAACGUUGUGGAUCUGGAGGGCUUAAACGUGUUGCAUCAUAUUUCUCCCAGUUUUUUUAAAAAUUUCUUUUGGCUUGAGACUAUGUACAUUCAGCUUUGUUGAAACUAAAGUCCCAAGUGAUUGAAUUCUAAA